GAUACCCGAUUUCCUUGUUUGAGAUGACAUUUUCCGGCUCUGACUCUGAGAGAGAAUUUUCAACAAAUUCCUCAAAUUUUCUCUAGCAUCGCGUCUAUGAGAUAAAAACCGGUUAGAUACUGUCUCACAGUUAUGAUACCACAAUCGUCGCCAGAUGGACGAUAGUUGUUUUGUCUUGCUUUUUUUGCUUCGUCUUGUGACGACCCUUUUUGGGGAGAUUCAACUCUCUUCUUUGCACACACCGCAACAGGCAACAAGCUUGUUCGCCUCACUAUGUCAAGAUCGCAUAGACUGUGUCUUUCGAUCAAGACAUGGCCCUCGAAUUCGACUAAGAAUUCAAUGGGGGCUUCAACCUCGACCUCAUCCUACCGGUGGGGGACGUCGUUGUGUACUAUUUCUUCUAUUACUGCGACACAAAAAUGUUUCCGUGUGAUGAUCACAUCUGAUCUGGACAAUCGACUAUUCUCACGCCUUUCAUGUCAAUUCGUCGGAAUCCCCCCGCGUUACGGCAAAUGAACCAUGGAAGAUGAUG